UCGAGCCAGUUUGGUUGAUGUCGCGCUCCGGAACGGUCACACACGCGGUGUUCCGUUUGUUUCGUCCUGUCCCAUCCCGGCUGGACAUUCACGCACUUUGACCUGGACGUCGCGUGUGAUUUUGUUACGUUGGUCCACAUCGGUGGGGCAAUAUAUCAACCAACACAACAAAUAACCGCUGCUCUCCGGUGAACGUUGUUGGAAAAGGUAAAGGAAAAACCCCCCUUUUUGGGUUGGGGAAAUGUGCACGAAGGAAAAGAGGAAAACUAGUGUGUGUGUGAACCGUUGUGGGUUUCCCUUUUGGGAUUGUGCGACAGUUUCCAGGAUUCUAUUUUUGGUGCAUCGCGUUGUGGCGUCUCGUCUGGAACAAUCGAAUCGAGCCAUUGAAUCGAUUUUAAUCGAGAGCAGUUUUUCCCCUUCUCGCACACACACGCCAAAGGGAAAUUGAAUACUCAUGAGGAAGAGGAGGAGGAAAAAAAAGAGCUGCGAGAAAGGAAUUUAAAUUAAAAAGUGAUAUCAACCUGAAUGCUCAAUGUAUCCGGGUGACAAGGCUGGCAGCAGUCCUGAAAGACAAUCAUUAACAAUAUAACAUUUUUUCAAAAGGAAAACGACAAAGAAAAAAAGUCUAAUCCUAUCGCAGCAGUGAAGAAGACACAGUGACAACAAAAGUAAACAUGUGCACCAAACUCAGCAAACCUACCCCACCCCACGGUAGCUAGAGGUUUCAACCCACCGAAUAACCACCGCGCGUGAACCACCCACAAAAGCCAACCCACAGCAGUAAACAACACAACAUCACCCCCGACAUAACAGCAAAAUAAUAGCAGCAGAACCAGACAAAUGUACGCCAGGGUGGUACCAACGAAAGAGAACCAAAGCUUUAGUGUGGCCUGCAAUGACUGGUCGGGGUUGGUUGUUAAGGGCAGUACAAGAGGAGGAGGAGAAAGAAACGGACGGCGGCGGAGAAGCAGAUCAAGAACAACAGAAAGGACGACGACGCCGGUGCUGGUGGAUGCAAAAUUUAAUUUAAUACCGAACAAAGCACCGCGAGCAACGAGUACGGCCAGAAACAGCUGGAUCAGCACAAGUAGCAGCAGCAGGAGUCGAGGCAUAACGAUGAGGAACUUCAUCGGAAUGCUUUUGGGAUUACUUACAAUAUCAGAAUCCCUUGCGCUGCGUCUAACUACCGUCCGCAUCCCAACGUACAAGAUGCGCGGAGAAUCGGCCCUGCUCGAGUGCCAGUACGAACUCAACGCUCGCCAGCAGUCCCACAGCGGUCGUGGUCACCACAGCGGCGGCGGCAGCCACAACCAACAUCACCAAUCGUCACGUGGCCGUACGCGAAACGACUCCUCCGGGGGUUUCAAGUACGCGUACCACGACGAUUAUUACGCAGACACCGACGGCGGCGGCGGCGGCACUGAAGAGCGGUUGUAUUCCAUCAAGUGGUACAAGGACAACGAAGAGUUCUACCGGUACGUGCCGUCGGCCGUGCAGCCCAUCAAGAGCUACAAAAUCGACGGCAUUCGGGUCGAUCCAAACCACUCGGACGGCUCGAAGGUCCAGCUGCGGGGGUUGACCCUCAAAUCGUCCGGCGUGUACCGGUGCGAGAUAUCGGCCGAGGCGCCCAACUUCGACUCGGUCCAAGGUGAAGGCCGAAUGGAUGUGAUAUAUGUCCCCCGGGAAGGGCCGCACAUCAACGGCAGCGAACGGAGGUCGUACCACAUCGGCGAAACGAUAGAACUCAACUGUACCUCCGGCCGGUCCUAUCCGGCGUCGACGCUCCAGUGGCACCUCAACGACCAGCCCGUCACGGACCCGGCCAGCAUCGUGCAGUACCCGCGGGUGGUCAAUCAGCACGGGUUGAUUACGAGCUACCUCGGGCUCAGCAUGGUGGUCCAGCCCCAGCACUACAUCGACGGCCUGAUGCGGAUCAAAUGCGUGGCCAGUCUGUCGCCGGUGCUGUGGCGGAACGGCAAGGAAAGCAUCGUCCAGUGGGAACAACCCGGUCUCGAUAAUCGAGUGGCCAUGCUGCUCGUGAAAAGUGGCUCACCUCGCUGGCUGGUCAGCAUGACACUGCUGGUUCUCUGCAUCGUCGGUGUUUCCCUCGCAACCAUCAUCAGUCAGGGACACCACCGCCACCUUCUUCAGCUGAUGGAAAAGCAGUAGCGCGGCCAUGACACCAAGAGGACGGCGCCAACUUGAGCAACGAACACCACCCAGCCAGCCAACCAGCAAUUCCAGUGCUAGAGUUGAAAUUAUGAGACACUCUCCGGUGACGCAGGGAAGCCCGCGACAAAAAAACGAAAGGACGAAAGUUUUGCGAAACUAUAUCAAAAGUAGUGCUAGUAGGACGGGUGAGUGAAAGAGAAAGAGCGAGAGCGAAAUAUCUUAAGCUAAGGGGAGACACUUGAGAAAGUAUAAAUAUUGUAUUUAACGAGCUAGAGCGAAAAACGCCACGAACGAAAGAGAGAUGGCAGUGAUUUACUUGAUUGUAUUUAUAGCCGAGACCGUUGACAGCGAAGGAAAAUAGCUUCUUCCAAGUUUAGUUUUGUGAUUAAGUUUUUGUUCCGUUUUUGUAGCAGCAACAGCAGCAGAAGCUUCAAAAGUGUCGAGGGAAGCUCUGUAGAAAAUUGUGAAUUAAAACUGCACUGUACAUACAACUAGGGGCAAUUUUCGCAGUAGGACGUUGAAAGAUCAACAGAGUGAUUGUAAAUUUACUAAUUUUGUACAUAAAAGUUAGCUGGGAAUAAUUACUAGAAUAAAAUUUCCGCUUGAACCUAU